AUGGCCCAUUCUCGAGCUUCAUCUUCAUCAACUGAUCCUGCUUUGGAUCAAACUUCACCCUACUUUGUCCACCCCAGCGAUGGCCCUGGUUCCGUUACAGUUCUUUCGAAACUCACUGGUUCCAACUAUCAUUCAUGGGCUCUAAGCAUGAAGAGGGCUCUUGGUGGCAAAAUGAAGAUUGAGUUCAUUGAUGGAUCUCUUCCUAUUCUAGUUGAUUCUUUCGAUCCAUCUCUGCAUGCUUGGAAUCGCUGCAACAUGCUUUCUAUAGUUUUCAUGGAGAACGCGCUUGAUGUAUGGAACAAUUUGAAAGAAUGGUUUUCCCAGGGUGAUCUCAUAUGUAUUUCUGAGCUGCAGCAAGAAAUUUACAACCUAAAGCAAGAAACCAAAUCAGUAACUGAUUUUUUCUCUGAUCUUAAAAUUCUUUGGGAAGAACUGGAUCUGUAUUUGCCUUUACCAACUUGUACUUGUUGCAUAAAGUGUUCCUGUGAAGCUAUGCGCAGUGCAAGAUCUCAUCACGAGCUAUUGCAAAUUAUCAUAUUCUUGACUGCUCCCUAUUCCAAUGAUAAGUCUCAAACACUAAUUAAUGUUGCUGAUUCCAAGAGAUUUAGAGCAAGAAAUAAUGCAUUCAAGCAUGGUGUUCGCGUUUGCACAUUUUGUGGCAAGACUAACCACACUGUUGAAAAUUGCUUCAAGAAACAUGGUGUUCCACCUCAUAUGCAGAAACAGUUUCAGAAUUCAGCUAACAAUGUGGUAUCAGAUGGAAAUAAUGAUGGAUCUUCAUCUCAUGGUGCUGACAUUCAAAGUGACAAUUCACCUAUGACUCAAGGUCAAUCCAGUGCUCUAAUGGAUCUAAUUCAGAAAUCAAGUCUUGGCCAAUCUUCAGGACAUGCUUCUUCCAACCAAGUUGUUGUUGGUCAUCCAUCAACAGGUAACACAUAUCAUUGCAUGCAUAGUAGUAGUAGUAGUUCUUGGAUCAUUGAUUCAGGAGCUACUUAUCACAUAUGUAGUUUUGUCCAAUGGUUUCAUUCACAUAAGAAAAUUAUCCCCAUCACUGUUAGAUUUCCAAAUGGACAAUGCCUUGUUGCUAACCACUCUGGCACAGUUUAUUUUUCUCCUGAUUUCAUUGUGCAUAAUGUUCUUUUGAUCUCUGAAUUUUCUCUAAACUUAUUAUCUGUUUCAAAGUUGUGUGAAUCCUCUAAUUAUAAUGUCAAUUUCCUCAAAUCACAAUGUGUCACACAGGACAAAAUGACCAUGAAGAUGACUCGUUUUGCUGAGCAGAAAGAUGGAUUGUACUAUCUAACACUGAGAGAUAAUGAUUCACCUGCUACACACACACCUGAUUUAACUUCUGCCCUAGCAGCCAAUGUCAUCUUACCUGAUAAAGCCUUAUGGCAUUUUAGAUUAGGACACUUAUCUCAAAAUAGAUUAUUGUACCUACAUUCCCAAUUUCCUUUUAUCAAAGUUAAUCGUAAAGAUGUCUGUGAUGUCUGUUGCUAUGCUAGACAAAGAAAACUUCCUUAUAUUGUUAGUAAUAAUAGGGUUGCACACCCUUAUGACUUGAUCCAUUUUGACAUUUAG